ACAGACAACCGUCAGAAAUUCUGCACGAAAAUAUUUGCAGCUGUUUUUUACGCUUCACACGGGGUGAUAUUUUAGAGUAAAUUACAACUGAAGGUGGAGCACGCUCAGCCUAAUUACCCCGAGCCUAGUAGAGAAAAUCUACAUUUUUGGAUGCCGAUUUUGUAAAGUAUUUUGUGGCUUCUGUCCAAAUGCUGAUGUGAUUGGAGGAUGUGAACCAAAAAGUUGUCAGAGGUGAAAGUCACCUGGAAACCAGCUCAUUUUAAAGUUACAGUCCAUUUUAACAUGGCAGGUGGGAGCAGGAAGUUGAUGUAAGAAGCUGAGCAUGGAUGAUGAAGAAGAUCUGGAGACACUUGGUGAGCAGCUGUACUCUCUGAUUUACCCCAAACACAAAGAGGAUGCUGGGAAACUCACAGGUAUGUUACUGGAGCUGCCCGGUCCUGUGCUGAGUCAGAUGUUACAGGACGAGUCCCUGCUGACGGCAGCUGUGGAGAAAGCCCUCAGAGCCCUGCAACUGGCACAGGAACCCUGCAAGGUAACGUGUAAGGAUGAGGACGAGGUGUCUGUGUCCUCUGACUCUCUGGGCGAGCAGCUGUUUGAGCUGGUGGACGUCUACAACACUGGACACUCACAGAAAAUCACAGGAAUGCUGCUGGAGCAGCACAAAGAUGCAGUCUUAAACCUUCUUUCUGACCCCAAAGUGCUGGAGGAGCAGGUGACCCUCGCCUUGAAGACCCUAAAGGAGCAGAACGUGGAGGAGACAGACGUCAGUGACUCUUCUGAGACUGAUGACACAGAGAAGCUGGGAGAGAAGCUCUUCUCCCUGGUGGAGAAAAUGGAUUCACUUCAUGCAACUGACAUCACAGGUAUGCUGCUGGAGAUGGAGCCAGCUGCCCUCCAACAGCUGCUCAGCGACCACACGAUGCUGGAAGUUGCUGUUCAGAAAGCACAAGCAGCCCUGGACACUUAGAACUGAGCUUUCUCAACUCCAACAACACUUCAGACACACAAUAACACAUUAAUGAUUAUUGAUGAACUCAGAUAAUAUAAGGCGGGUAAGAGGUGACAUGUCACUUAUGAAGAUCUUGUUAAUACGAGUUGCUGGUUUCACAAUCAGCCCUCUUUGUUUAAUACUGACUGUUGAGUGGACUGAGGAGAAAGUUUAGCUGGAGUCUGAACAGCUUUUCUUCAGCUGAGAAAAACUCUCCCCUUCCUGACUCGGAGGCAUUGAUGGUCUUUCUCAGAUAAAUUAUGUGCCAGUGUCUAAUGAAAAAUAAUGAUCUAUCAGUCUUCUUCACCUGGGAGCCAAACAAUAAGAGUUGAGCCCAAACUACGGUGGAUUUUUGGGGCCGAUGCAGAUUUUAGAAGGUAAAAAAUGUGAUAUAUCGGCUGAUAUUCUUUAUAUAUACUUUACAUAUAUGCUUGAGUUAUAUUGAAAAGGGAGAACAACAGGGUCAUUGUCCAUUAACUUUCAAUUAAUGUAUUUCACUAACUCGUUAUCAACAUAAGGAGGCCGCUUGGCUCCGCAUCACCAACUACUCAGCUGUGAUGCAUGCUCUGCUGCAUGUGCUGCAGACAGCGCUGAGAGUGUUGCGAACAAUGGAGUCAGAGCUGGACAAACCAUAGCUGUGUCCAGUUCAGGGGCUGCAACUCGAAAGCUUAAAACAAAAAUGUGUCCUUCUCCUCCCGGCCUGCGAAGGAUUGAACAGCUGGAUCCGUCGUGGCCCAACGUUUCCCAACAUCCACUGCAUGCUACAAUAGGUUCUGGAGAAAAUGGCAAAUGGAAAAGAGUCUGCAAGCUGUACUUGGGCAGCUGAAGAGUGCACUUUUAAAUGCAAGUAUUUCCUUCACGAUAUGCUCAGACAAACAAAAAACAACAACACAAAGAAUCAGAAUUUCCUGCGCCAUUUUGUUUUUUAAAAAAAAGAAAAGAAAGACUUUUGUCGGGAUACAUAUAAGUUCAGCUGUCAAAGUUGAUGGGCAACAGGAGCAGCACUCUGAAAUGCAACAUGGGAACAGUUGGUGACGCAAACAGGAAGUCCAGACUGUCCCAUUUAACAUCGCUCAAUUCGACAAUCGCAUCCCUCAACGGCGGUCAGGCUCUGAACAAGAGAUCAGAAUUACUGUCAGAUCAACCCACCAUUAUUUAUACAGCACAUUUCAAACAACAGACUUUGACCUGAAGUGCUUUCCAAUAAAGAAAUAAGAUUAAAAUCACAAAUGUACCUGUCACUUGAUGAAACUGUUUACAGUGAGCUGUGAGGGAAGAUUUUUCUUGUCAGGCUCCACAGGAAGUGCAAAUAUAAUUGUUGCCAACCAUCCUGCUAUUUGUUUUUGUGCCGUAGUCAUGGUGUGACUGUAACUUAGUGAAAUGCAUUUGCUAACAGAAAAUACAGGAGACGAUACAGAAACUGAGGAUGUGUUUUUAGCCAUUACAGCGACAUCACUCCGUCUAUGGCAGCGGGGUUCGCUUUAUCAUCAACUACUGAAUGGAUCGCCCUGACGUUUUGUACCCACAUUGCCUCAAUGAGCUGUGUAUGACUGCCGCUGCUGCUACAUCUGUCAAUCAUGUUGAUUUUUAGGCCAAAAGUGCCCAUACUUCUCAUCAACACCUGCACCUUUCAGUUCACAGUGUUUUUGUCAUUUAUCCUCCACAGUAUGAGAACAUCUGUAAUAUACUAAAAUCCUGCUGUAUGAAGUCUGAACUGUCCUGCCCAAUGUGGCAGCAAUGCAUGUCAUGAGAAAACCACAAACCACACGUGUUUAUGGUGCACGCUGCACACUCACGCUGUAAAAAACAAAUGUAACCUAAAAGGAAUAUUUUUAUUAAAUCUAAAAGCUUUA